AUUGUAUACUAAUAGCAAAGUGAAACUACCGGAAAACUUUAACUUGCCUAAUAAUUGUGGCAAACUUCAAAGCACUUGUAGCGUUACAGCUAAAAAGCUGGUUUUACUUUUCGUUGCACAAACUUCUAGUUGUACACACAUAUGUACAUAUGUAACUGUAGUCAGUCUAUUAAUUAAAUUGAAUUGUUUACACACUUUGCCUGCUUCCCAACGCACUCACGAUGAUAGAUCUUUUGGCAGCCAUAACAGCAACCUAACUCAAUUCUCAAUUCAAUUAAUAUGUUUAUGUGUAAAGAAAUUGUUCUAUUCGUCUACUUGUAGCUGUGCAAUAUUUACUGAAAAGUGUAGAUUACAACAUACAGUUUGAUUUACAAAUAGCAGUGCACGAGUAUUCCUAUGUAAAGAGCUUCUCACAUUCAUAGCUUCACUCCACUACUCCAAAAUAUAUAGAACCCUAGAAGUAUUUGCGCGUUUGCUCCAAAUAAGUUUGCUUUUUCCACAGCACAUAUUGUUCUACAGCGUUACAUAUACAUACAUAAAUGCAAAAUUUUGGCUUGUCGUUUCUAGUUUCCUGCUGUUAGUCCAGUACAGUAGUAUAUGUAGCAGUGUGGCCAUAUUUACAUAUGCACACCAUCUCCAGCAUAUAUUUAACGAAUAUGUUGCAUUUUGCACGUUCUAUUUCAUCAAUUAUGCCUUGUCUUCAUUUAAUUUGUUUUUGAAUUUAUGCAAAUUGAAAACGUAUACAAUUUCAUCAACACUCCAGUGACUGACAGUACACUCAAUUUGUUUGUCUGGAGGAAGUCUGUCUGGCAGCUACUUCGAUUUGGUUUCAUAUUAUACAUAUUUUUUACAAUUUUAAUUAUACGAAGUUCACAUGUCUGCCAUAUAAGAAUAAUGGCAACAUAUUCACCACUAGAUGUCGGUUGUAAGUUGUGUUGUCAUACUAGACUGUUGUUGUGGUUAUGCUAUGCAGCUGUCAAAAAAAUGAUGACUAAUUAUUACAUUUUUCUAAACUUGAUUGCUAAACCAAUAUUUUGUAGAAAAAUACGACAUGCUUCUCAAAAACUAGUGGAACCUGCUGAUUUGUUUAUUUUAUUUCAUAUUUUAGAUAUAAAAAAAAUUGGUUUGUAAAUGUUAUAUUUGUUACGGGGUUAGGGGUAGUCAGAGACACGAAAAACUGAGAAUUUUCAGUAAUUUUUUAAUGUAAUAAUAUGGCAUUAUUAUACAAUUUUUUGACUUAAAGUCACGAAAAUUAAAAAAAAAAUUAAUUUCCAAAGUUAUAGCUGUCUGUGUUGACCCAGUUUCAAAAAAGGUCCUUGCGGUGACAAUCAUAAGUCCCUGGAGAUUCAUCUAAGAUCAAUCGAUAAAAAAAAUUAGUUUUAUAAACAGAUAAUCCUGUUUCUGAACCAAACUUUUUUUUUCAAAAAUUAACAAAAUGGCGGCCUUUGGAAUUUUUUUUUCUAGAUUCUCGGGAAAAAAUCAACAGUUAAUUGGUCUUAUGUAAUCGAAAUUUUGAAAAAAAAAAAUCUUUGAUGCAAGCCUGAGUUUAUUAUGUAUUCUAAAAGCUGUAUGAAUUUCAUGAAUCUACUGAGCGGUUAUCGAGUUACAGUUGUCACCAUUUCAAAAAACAUAGUUUUGAGAUAAACGCAUUUAAAGUUUCACACUAGCGUUUUGGAGUGCACGAGCGCUUUUUGUUAUUUGUCGAAUAACUCGAAAAGUAAUUAUCGAAUCAACUUCAAAUUUCCAGAACCUAUUUUUAAGAUAUUACACUUAACGAAAAUGCAAAAACAAAAAAAUAGAUUUUUUGAAAAUCCCCUAACCCUUUAAAAAAUUUUGGAAACUGCACUUAUAAGUUAUGUAACAUAAUAAAACAGUUGUUAAAACAAAAAUAAAUAUUUGUGUAAUUUUGCAUGUAAUUUCAUUUGUGUGCACCAUGGCGUAUACGUAACCUAAACAAAUGUUUUCAACGAGGUCAAAAGUGGUUCUCAAAAGCACAUAAAUACACAAAUUAUAUAAUACAGUAGAUAUCGGUUAUAUGACGAACCGCUUGUAUGCAAAUUUUGGUUAUAUGCAAAAUUUUCAUAUUUCAACGCAUUAUAGAACGUUUUAUUAUAUGAAUUUGGUUGUUUGAAUGCAAAUCGUUUAUAAGCAAAUAUCGCAUUUAUGCAAAAAAAUUUCAGCAAAAUUGAAUCGUUACGUACAAAUUUUAAUCUGUUUUAAGCAAAUUUUCCAACACUGAAACACUAAAUUUAUUCUAUCGAUUUAUCGAUUGUCAAACAUAUGAUUUUGUGUUACACUUGUUACAAUGUCGCGUCGUGUUGUGCUAACAGCGAAACAAAAAAUUGCGGUUUUAAACGAUUUAAAGACUUCCAAAGACCGAAAAACCAUUGCUGCUAAAUAUAAAGUUAGCUUAAGCACUAUAUCGCGCAUUCAAAUCCAAGAGAACAAAAUCCGCGCCAUAACAAAUCCCAAUAGGAAACGGGAUAGGAAAGGCGCACACGUGAAUUUGGACAGAACCUUGUUGUCCUGGUUUAACCAAAUCCGGUCCCAAAAUGGAAUUGUUACCGGACCUGUCUUGCUUUCUAAAGCACAGGAAUUUGCGUUAAAAUUAAACGAAAGUUAUGUGCCAGACCGUAGUUGGUUGCAGCGUUGGUGCGGGCGAAAUGCCCUUAACUUCUCCAAGAUUUACGGAGAAGCUGGCGAAAAUAACGCAACAAGUGCAGAAGUUUUCACUACUAACCGUUUGCCUCAUAUUAUUGAAAAAUUUUCGCCGGAUUGUAUAUUUAAUGCCGAUGAAACCGGGCUGUACUACAAGGCGUUGCCAAAUGGAAGUUACAAAGGCAAGUAUGAGAAUCCAAAGGGAUUCAAAACUCAAAAGCAACGCCUCACAUUUCUGUUUCUAUGCAAUGCAACCGGCACGUAUAAACGUGCAUAUUGCAUUGGAAAGUCGGCUAAACCACGGUCUUUUAAAGGAAAACAGCUACCGCUGCCAUAUUAUAAUAAUAGAAGUGCUUGGAUGACGAGUGUUAUUUGGAAAAAGAUUCUAAUAGAUCUCAAUCAAAAUCUUGAAAAAGAUAACAAGCAGAUAUGUUUGAUUGUUGAUAAUGCUCCUUGCCACAAUACAGAUGAGAAAUUCUCAAACAUUACGAUUGAAUUUUUGCCACCAAAUACAACUGCCCUUAUACAGCCACUUGAUCAAGGUAUCAUCCACUCCUUUAAAAUGGAAUAUCGACAAAUACUAAUAAAAAAACAAAUUUGUGCGUUGGAGAAGGGCUUAUCUAUAGUUGAAUUCCUGAAAUCGCUCACUAUUUUGGAUGGUAUCAAUUAUGCAAAUCGCGCUUGGAACCUUGUUAAGCAGCAAACAAUUAGUAAUUGUUUCAAAAAGGCAGGCAUUGACAACAUUCAAUUCAUUACAGAUGAGAUUGCAGCCACAGAAGGCGAAAACUAUGAAUGGUGCACACUCGAUAAUGAAUACAUUCAAUGCGAUAAUGAACUUGUCUGCUUUGGAACCAUGUCGGACGAGGAUAUUGUUGCGGACGUAUUGGCCGUCAAUCAAAAUUCUACUGAAGAUGAGGAAGUGUUCGCGCAAUCUGAGGCUUGUAUUAAACACCCCUCAACGAAAAAUGCCUUGCUAAGCUUAGAUUCGCUGCGUGACUAUUUUUGUCAUAACAAUAUAGAUCCCUUAGAGGCUUUUGAAGAUAUUGAAAAUUUAAUCCUAGAGAGUUCUGAAAAACAGAAAUGCCAGAAGAAAAUAACAGAUUUUUUAAGUAAAUCUUAACAAUUUUCAAAUUAAAUGAAUUGACUGAAGUGAAAUAUAAUUUUUAUUAAAACUGAAUAAGUUUAUAUAUUCUAUUUCUUGUGUGCUAUUUUUUGUUUACAUCGAAUUGAUUGUGUAUAUGCAUAUAUUUUGCAUAUAAGCGAAUACCGCUUGUUUGCAAUUACCGCCUGUAUGCAAAUUUUUUUUUGCAUUAUAACAAUUGCAUAUAACCGAUAUCUACUUUAAUUCCAUUUUUUGGCCGAGAUGAAUUUUUUAAUUCCCUGUAAAUAAAACAAUUCACGAUUAAAUGACAAAACGUUCUGAGUGAUGUUAUGCUAAAAAAUGUCAAACUUUCCAAUGGAAAUGUCAGAUUGCACCUGGCAACACUUAGUGUUGCCUAGGCCAGAAAUAUAUAUAGCAGCCCUCGUAUUGUACGUUAGGUUUCUAGGGAACGGAAAAUAUUGUAAAAUAGUGUAAUAGAUGACGGAUAGUAUUCGAUUAAUAGAAAAUCGAAAGUGUCAAACGGUGAAAUUUAAAAUAUUUUUUUUAUAUGGAUAGAACUAGGUAAUAAUUAUGAUCGAACUAGGUAAUAACUAAUUACUGAAGCAUGGGAGUGCUGACUUUUCUCUUGAAUUUUUAUUGUUGUACAACAUUUGUUAUCUACAUUAGUAUGCGUUGCAUAAAUGUUUGUUGCAAAUAGCAACCAAAAAUGACUACUGGUCAUUAUUUAACGGUCAACUAGUUACAAGCUCAGCACACACAUACAUAUGUACAUACCAAUACCAUAUUUUCGAUGGCCUUACAUGAACACAAUAUCUAUAUAUAUUAUAUUAUAUAAAUGUAAUCACGAAAAU